GCAUUGGUCUCUAUCUCUAAUAAAAAUAGUGUAUAGGUUGACUACAAAAAAGCGCGGUUUAAACGGUAAGGUUAAGACAAGCUCCUGAAAAUUAUCAAUGAAAAGAAAUAAAAAUGAUGCAGUUAAAGCUGUUGUUACAUCCUACUUAGAAAGGCGAAAUUACCCUGAUAUUGAUGUAUUCAAUAGCAAUAAUACAGUAAGCCGAAGUGCUGAAGAAAUGGCUGUAGCUACCAUAGUACAAUGUGAAUCUAGCCGUGCCAACUCUAUUUUGUUUUCAUGUAUCAAUAAUGACCCAGGGCAAUAUGACACACAAUACACCAGAUUAUUUAACUUUAUAAAAGAUUUGAAAUUAGAAAAGGUAAAAAAUGAGUUGCUCGGCUUAUUAACUCCACUAUUAUGUCAUCUCUAUUUGGAAAUGUUAAGAGGGGGUCAUGGAGGACCUGCUCAAAUGUUUCUCAAGAGGCACUCAGUGUCACUUCCUCAGAAGGACCUAUCUUACCAUCAGCCUAUAGAUGGAAAUCUUCCCUCUGCUUUAUAUAGACCUAACAGCCUAGAACAGCUGUUUAAUUCCCUCCAAAAUGGCACAAUAGAUAAUGAAACUCCUGAAAAAGAUUAUAUGAAUCAGUUACUGGAAGAUAUUGGAUCUGUAUAUACUUUACAAGAAAUAGAGACAAGGCCAACAAUUGCUGCUUUCAGGUCUUGUAAAUUUGACAUCUGCCUCUCACAAGAUUCACUGAAUGUACUAAAAGCAUACUUAGCAAAACAUGGCCAUGUACUACUAAUACAGGUCUUACAGACUUGGUUUCACAUAGAUGUUAAUGGAGAAAAUAGUAAAAAUAAUGCUGAGGAUGAAGAAGAAGACGAGUCAAAGGAGAACUCAAAAAAUUUUGAUCUCAAUAUAAAUGAGAAAAAUGAUACAUUGGACAUAUUUUCUAAAUGCAAUGGACAUGCAGAAUAUCAAUCAGUGGAUAAGGAACUACGAGAUCUUCAGGACGCCAUUAAAAGUGUACGAGAUUCUUUGGUUCCACUUAAAUUGUACAAAAUAGGUGCACCUGAUACCAAUUUGAUUUGCGCAAAAACGGACCAGUAUUGUAAUGUAUUAUGCGGUGGAUUUAGUAAUUCCGAAAUUAGAUUGUGGGAUCUUGGACAAAAUAAUAUUAAUAGACGUGUCAAUAAAAAUAUUUCUGAGUUUGAACUUAGAUGCAGUGUACCAAUUGAACCUGAAGAUAUUCCUGAUAAUACAAGACAAAUAGGUACAGGAGUACCGCUAAGAGGACAUUCCGGGCCAAUACAAGCUGUCAGUAUAUUGUCCAGAGAGGAAUUAGUUCUAUCAGCUUCUCAUGAUAAUACUAUGAGAGCUUGGCGAAUAUCGGACUACUCGUGUGCUUCCAUAUAUAGAGGCCACAACUAUCCAAUUUGGUGUCUGGAUGUAUCAAAAAAUGGUCUAUUUAUAGUGACAGGUUCCCAUGACCGAACAGCAAAAUUAUGGUCUCUUGAUAGGACAUUCCCUGUAAGAGUAUUUAUCGGCCACAUGUCGGAUGUCACAUGCGUAAAGUUCCACCCGAACGAGGCGUACAUAGCGAGCGGCGGCGCGGACCGCAGCGUGCGGCUGUGGAGCGUGUGCGACGCGCGGCUCGUGCGCGUGCUGUGCUCGCACCGCGGGCCCGUGCGCGCGCUCGCCUUCUCGCCCGCCGGCACGCACCUCGCCAGCGCUGGUGAUGAUAAAAAAAUAAAAAUUUGGGAUUUAGCUGGAUGUACAUGUGUUCAUGAAUAUAGAGGCCAUUAUGGAAAAGUGACAUCAUUAGAUUGGUCAGCAGUUGGGAAACCUUCUCUUACAAAUAGAGUAUCCUCGGAACUAAGCGAUAUGACUACAGACAAUUCUAUUCUCUGUUCUACUGGUAUGGAUGGCAUUGUAAAAGUUAUGUGGGACAGUCAAAUAAAAAAUAAGCAAUUAUCAAAUCAAGAAAAUUCAACAUCCACCUACAAUACAAAGUGCUCCUAUCUUGUUGAUAUACAAGUUCAUCCAGAUUGGAUGGUUGCAAUAGGCUCAAAAAAAUAUUAAGUGUUAUUAAAUAAAACAUUUUUUUCUUAA